UAAAAACAAACAUAAAUCUAAAUCCAGCAAAUUUCCAACUGAAAAACAGAUUCGGCGCCAUGAAAAUCUAGAAGUCUGUUACUUUGCUAUAAAACAAGAAGCUCAAUUUGAUAACAAUACUGAACUUCACAAACAAAGAUGAUGGAGACUCGUGCCUCAAAGAAGAGAUCUAACACCAAACAAAACCUACAACUCGUUGUUCCCAAACGCCAGAGGGUAGUUUUCUCUAAACUCCCCGAUCUCAAUCUUCGUGUUUAUCAAACUAGACAAAAACUCCAAUCUCAGAUAAACCCUAACCUUAAAAAAUCAACAACAACAACAACAAAAACCCUUCCUUUCCUUAAUAAUUCCAAUUUGGAUAAACCUGUUUAUAACAAAACUAAUGCUGAAUGUGAUCACCAACAGAUCAUUGAACCUUAUGUAUCCGACAUUGAUGAUUAUCAUCGAACAUUCGAGAAAAAGGGAAGACCAACGGUUGGCUACAUUGAGAAUGUUCAGAGUGAGGUUACUAUAAACAUGAGGGGAACAUUGGUGGAUUGGUUAAUGAAGGUUGCAGACAAGUUCAAGCUUCUUCCUGAAACCCUCCAUCUAUGCAUCUCCUACAUUGACAGAUUCUUAUCCCUGAAAUCCGUUACCGAAACAAAUCUUCGGCUGCUUGGUGUUUCGUCUAUGCUCAUUGCAUCUAAGUACGAAGAAAUCGCAUCGCCAAAGGCAGUGGCUUUCUGCAAAAUUGCUGAUAACACUUAUGAACUUUCGGAGGUUUUAAAGAUGGAAGCUGAGAUACUCAAGUCACUGAAUUAUGAAAUGGGAAAUCCUAAUGUUACCACAUUUCUAAAGAGGUUUGUUGGGCUUGCUUAUGGGAAUCAAAAGAAUUCGAAUUUGCAGUUUGAAUAUCUGUGCGACUAUCUUGCUGAUCUAAGCUUGUUGGAGUAUGAGUCUAUAAGAUUCUUGCCUUCGGUUGUGGCUGCAUCGGUUAUAUUUCUCGCUAGAUUUAUAAUCCAACCAGAAGUACAUUGUUGGACGCCAUCUCUGUGUGAAUGCUUGGGUUACAAGUCAUCUGAGUUGAAGGAAUGUGUUGUUAUUUUACAUGACUUGUAUUUCUCUAGAAGGGCAGCAUCCUUGAAAAUUCUUCGCAACAAAUACAAUCGGAAAAAGUUCAAAUCUGUGGCCAAUUUGCCUUCUCCGCUAGAGGUGCCAACUCAUUACUUCGAAGAAGCAUGAUAACGUGUGAAUUUAAAGGACUUUUUGAGGCUUCACAAUAAAUUUUGAGGGCUGAAACUAUUUGGAGAUGGCUACUUUAUGAUAGUUCAAGUUGUCACUUGUUAAUACAACCUACCAUUGAUAAACUAAUUCAUAUGUUUUUGUUACUUACAGAAUAGGACAUACUACAUUAGUUAGUGAAACUUUUAGUGUUUAACUAUUUAGGAUUUGUUUGUUGAAAGUAUAAUUACAUCAAAUGUAAACAA